AUGGCGUCAGAACAGAGCCCAGCAACUUCCGUCAUCAACAGGGCUGUCAAGAUGAGGAAGGAGGUUGAAGCCCAGAAAGGGGUCUUAGCCUGGGCACUCUUUAGUGUGUCUCUCGCAGGCAUGAUAUAUACUGAAAUGACUGGAAAACUCAUAAGCUCAUAUUACAACGUGACAUGCUGGUCACUCUGGUAUAUUGAACUCGCACUUGCAUCUCUGUUCAGCCUGAACGCCGCCUUUGAUUUCUGGGUGUGCUUCAAAUACACAGUGGCACUGGUCGUGAGUCCUCCUCGCCAGCAGAGCCUGCUGGGGUUGCAGAAUGCAGUGUUACAAACAACUCCACCACGUGAGCUGGCGGCACCUUCUCCUCUGCUCUGGGGCCGGAGUGUGCUGAGUUACAGCCCGUCCCGCCGCCCUUGCGCCUGCCCACAGUUUGGUACUGGUUGUGUCCCGGGGUACAGCCCCCAAGGACGGGCUCUGUCAGGCGGCAGCGCCUCUUACGGCCCUGCUGAAACCUAUUCCCUGAGCAGCAGCUCCAGUCAGGUUUCCAGCUCCUCUCCCAGCGGGUCACCAUGCCCCACUAGCGCUGGGCCAGUGGAAAGCGGCGGGGUAAGGUCUCAUUGCGGCUCUUCCGCCACUCUGUGUAAUUCUACGGGCGCAGAGGAGUAUUUGACAGACCUCAGGGCACUGCAUGCCUUCCUUUGGAGAGAGGAACAAAAGCGGCAGAGAAGUCAACUCGGAGAAGGGGGUGGGUUUGUUGGAGAUUGGCUUUUACGGAUGAGAAAAGUCGCAAAGGAUUCCAGUGUAGCCAUACUAGUUAGUGUCAGAAAUUGUCACAGCCCCCAAAAGCUCCUGGUAUUCUCUGAAGUUCUUACACAUACUUAAUGGCCCUUUCCAUAGGUUUGGGCACAGGUGACGAUGCAGCGCCACCUCCUUGGUCACCUGGAUUCCUGGACCAUGAAGUUCAGAAAUUGGAUUAAUGAGACUAUUCUAGUGCCACUUGUCCAACAAAUCAAGUCUGUAAGCACUCAGCUCCCAAGAAUGGGGUGUCCAGAAGUUGCAGACUGCAGGCCACAAGCCACCAUCAGCAGUCUGAAGCAGGCAGCGCUCCUGAGAGCUCCGCUCAUUCCAGCCCUCAGCUCUCUGGUGCCCUAUCUGGAUCUGACCCCAAACCAGCAGUAUUUGGUCAAGAGGAUCAAAGAGCUUUCUCGGGGAGGAUGCCUGAGUUCCUUCCGAUGGAACGGAGGAGGGGAAUUCAACAGCUGCCAGUGGAACACCCUCUUGCCUACCAACUCCUCUAUCAUCAUGCACCUCUUCUGCACUUACCUGGACUCCAGGCUGCUGCCUCACCCUGAAUGUCCUGAGGGCAAAACAUUCAGUUCCCAACACUUUGUUCAGACACCGGAUAAACCAGACACUUCGGAUGAAAACACAUUUUGCAUCUACCAGAGCAGUAUCAACCCACCGCACCACGAGCUGAUCUACCGGUGUCACGUCUACAGCCUGCCCCAGGGCAGGAACCUGUUCCAGACCUUGGUCAUGUUCCUGUACGUCUUUGAGACCAAAGAAUGCGGGAUGCUGGCGUGUGUCUAUCUGGGCUUGUCAGGAGUCGACACGCUGUGGAUCUUUGGGGAGGAACAUCCCCCACAGGACGCAGCUGUGAGGAGCGACGCCGAAAGGAGCCGAGCAGCGUCGUUGUGUCGCUGA